AGGAAUAGAAGACAGAAUAAGGGAUGUGAGGCGAGGUGGAUGGAAGACAGUCAUAGGCGGAGUUUGGAGAGCGCAGGGGUUCGCUUUGUCUCUCACAUUAGGAAUCACGGGUGCAUAUAAUUUAUUUUUAAUCUUAAUUGUAAACUACUCAAAAUACAUUCAUGAAGGUGUCCAGUUUGGGGAGGGCGUUGCCCCCCAGUGCCUCCCCCAAACUUCUCCCAUGAAGACAGCAGAAGUAAGGCAUGGAAGUUUGGAAGUAUGGAAGUAUGGAAGUAUGGAAGUUUGGAAGUUUGGAAGUUUGGAAGUUUGGGGGGAUGUAGGGAGGAAUGUAAAGGGAGAGAGAAGGGAUGGAAUGACGAAAAUUGUGAUGGAAUGGGAUGGAUGGAGGGAGGGGCAGUAAUCUAUGUGGACCACCCAUGUGUGCACAUAUAUCCCGGCCGCUGUGCUUACUCCACGCCAGAAUCAUAAACGUGACCUCCCAAUGGCCACGUGCGUCACACGUGGAAAGUGUUGCACCCGUGCCAAGGGUGGUCGCGGCUCAUGGUGAGGGGCCGGGUCUUGCUAAUGCGGGACAAUAAAGUCAGGAUCUGCUGAGCUCGCAUUAUCUAGAGAUUAACGGGGGACAAAUCUGCUUACGAGUUGCACUAGCCUCCCUGACAGCAUCCAGCGUUUCCCCACUCCCCAGGCAGGGAGAAGAGGUUUCCCCUCGGAUGAAUGUGAUAAGAAAUCGCGGGGCAUCUGACUGGAGGUAUGUACUGAGAUGCCUGGGCUCAAUCUGGAGUCUUCACCAUGUCAUCACAGAGAGCGCCUUUUCAGGUCAGAACAGGGCGAGGGAAGCCCUGUGGCCAUAACUCAAAUAUCGAGAUAAAUCAUGGAAAGGAGCCUGGCACAGGACCAGAUUCAGACAACUGCUCCUCACACAGUCAGGCAGACGGACACACGAAUCUCUCAUCAUCAUCAGAACAAUCAUUACAAUCAUCAGAUUCGUCAUCGUCGGAUGAGGAGGGGAGUGAGACGAAGCCCUUCAGGUGCGCGCUAUCGCGCGGCAGGGACUGCAGGACGGCCAUCCUGAACGCGUGCGGGAGCAACAACUGCGUGGCGCUGCGCUGGCUGCUGGGGCAGGGUGCCACGUGGGGCGACGUGAACGCGACAGAUGCCAACGGCAGGACGGGUCUGGCCGUGGCGAGCUGUUGCGGCUUCGCGGGAGUCGUGUCUGUGCUUCUGCAGUGUCCCCUGGUUGACGUGCAAGUUCCUGACAACGAGGGCAACACUGCGCUCAUGCUGGCGGUGCAGGCAGGCGAUGUGGGCAUCACGCGCCAGCUGCUCUGUGUGGAGGCGGUGGUGGCGCGGGGCGCGCUGGAGGUGCCCAACGCGCUGGGCCUCAGCGCGCUCAUGCAGGCCGCGGUGCAGGGCCGCCUGCAGUGCGCCCGCCAACUCGUGCUCGCAGGCGCGGACAUGGAGGUGCGGGACAGCGGCCGCGGGCUGCGGGCCCAGGAGUGGGCCUUGCUGGGUGGACGCGCGGACACGGCGGCCCUGCUGGAGCGUCUGGCGAAGAGGCGCCGGCCCGAGUGGCUCCAGCGCGAUGGGUACCGCCUGGGGUCCCCGUGCCUCGGUGGCGACGACGACCACGCCUCCUCCGCCGGCCAGGGGGCCGCCGGUCGCUUCCUGAGGGCCCUGCGAGCUCUGACGGACGCAUGCUUCCCGGGGGGGGCCCCAAGACAACGGCGCGCUCGACCACAUGGGGCCACCGUCGAGGCGCCUGCAAGCGCCGCGACGACGCGCGGCGGCGACCCCAAAGUCACGGGGCCACGGGCCGGCGCGCCGCCAUACUUGCGGGGUGCCUCGCGUGGCCGUGGGCGUGUCGCGCGGGCCACGGGCUGGUGGAUGCUCACUCGGACCUGGCGGCUCCGAGUCAGAGUCCGCCCCGAGUCACCGCUGCCGAGCAUCCGGCUCAGCAAGGUCGGGAGGAUGACUCCUGCGCCCGAGGAAGGCGCCCGGAGUCCCCGCGGCCUCCAGAGCGCGCAACUCCUGUGCGUCCCCGGCCCCUGA